UGUCCACCCCGCUAGGAUUUUUUCUCGUCUUCCAAAUCGUCGUUAGCCGGAGCCGACAAGAAAUAUGCGACAUGGCUAGUUCUACGGAUUGCGUCUCGAGCCGCUGCUCGCGGAUCUUUCUCACAUACAAACCUUCCCUCGCUGGAAGUGCCGUCUUCCUAGCCUUAUUCGCCGUUUUGAUUCCGAUCACACUGGCAUUGGGAAUCAAGUACAAGAGCUCUGUUUUCGCUACGGCGGUAGUGACGGGACUCGCCUUGGAAGUGGUGGGCUAUAUCGGUAGACUCCUGUUGCACAAUACCCCGACCGAUAGGAGUGGCUUCAUUCUAUUCUUGAUCGGAACUAUCAUGGGCCCGACGUUCAUCUGCGGCAGUAUAUUCCUCAUAGCGCCGCAAAUCGUUACCGUAUACGGCGAAGAGUUUCGCUCAUGGAGGCCGGUUUGGUAUUCCUUCCUGCUCUAUGUACUCACAGCUGUAUCUCUUAUACUUGAAUUGGCUGGGGUGCUUGUCUCGACGAUUCAAGAUGACAUAGGAGAAGUUGAUAUAGGCUCCCAUGUCCUUGUUGCAGGGCUAGUUAUUCAACUUAUUACCCUGGUUGUUUUUAUCGGCCAUGCUGUCCUGUUCGCGAUCGCCGUGCAGACGAGGUACCAUAUGUUAGAUACUAAAUUUGCCGGCAUAUACAAGAGAAGGUCUUUCAAGGCCUUCUUGUUUGCAUUCAAAUUUGCGAUUCUCUUGCUCGUCCUGCGAACAGCCUAUCGAAUCGUGACGAUCGCCGAGGGAUUCGGCAGUUCGAUCGCGCAGUCGGAAACGUUGCUACUUGUACUCGACGGGUUGAUGGUACUGCUCGCUACUUUAAUCUUGCUAGCAUUCUUCCCGGGACGAAUUAUACGCGACUCGGGAUCUCAGACAUUACCUCGUAGAUCACCCAGAACGCCACUUCAACCGAUACGAGUAGCCCCGUACGACCUGCCGUCGACCAAAAGCACCCCGACUUAUAACCGAAUGAGUACCAAGUCUUCUACGCCAGGCCAUUCUCCAAGGAAGUCAGCACCGCCCCCUCCAAGAAAUAUGGUGGACAGUGACGCCUUGUGGUAAACGAGGGCGUUAUAUAUAUGAACUGGUUUCGGAGAUCACAUAGGGAGGGCAUCAGGUGAGAAUUUUAUCGAUAUUAGGAAGGGGUAUUUAAAUGGCAUAUGGCGUUCUCAACCGCUACCUGUCAGGCUGGAUGUGGUGGUUUUUCGAUGAACAUUUUCUGUUAUUCUCAUAUACCCUUCAUUUGGAUAUCGUAGGGGUUGGUCUUAGGGGUUACUGGGGGGUCACUCACUUAUAUUUGGCUAUUCUUGCGUUGCGUAGGCGUGGAUUUCGGCGUUGAGGCUAUCUCCUUUUAGCAGAGCGGAAAGUUGUUACUUUGGGAUGGGUUAGCGUUGUGGGUUUAUUUACCUUCUUUUGAACCAUAAUAUUAUUAUGUAUUGGGCGAAUUCUUGCACAAUCGAAACUGGACUAACUACUAUUUUCC